AUGACCCAGAUGAACACCUACAUCAAGCUCGGUGUCAGAGGGACCAAUGUGGCCCUAUCUGUGUCACUUGGAUCCCUGGUCCUGGAGCAGGAGGAGAAGCAGUCUUUUGUCAACUCAGGAAGGAUGUCUUCUCAGCAGCAGCAACAGUGCAAAGUCCCCUGCCAGCCUCCUCCCCAGGUCCCUGAGCCCUGUCCUCCCCAGGUCCCACAACCUUGCCCUCCCCAGGUGCCUGAGCCCUGCCUGCCACCCCUGAGCCAGCAGAAGUGCCCUCCUGUGCGGCAUGCUCCCUGCCAGCAGAAAUGCCCACCAGAGCAGAAGUGA